GGUCUCCCCUCGUCUUCUCAGUUCUCAUUUCUGAAAAUAAAGAAAACGCUUCGAUUCGUAAAACUCUUGCCAUGGAGAAGCGGCUUCGCUCUUCACUCCGAUCCUCAGCCGACGAAUUUCUGAGCUCAGCCACAAAGCAAACCCUAAAAUCCUCAAAGCCCGCUCUCAAAACCCUAAUUCACGCCGUCAAUCCUUCCUCCGACCUCUCCUCCUCUCUCCCUCUCUCUCUCUGCAACUCCAUUUCCCAAACCAUCCAAUCCUUCCAGAACCUUCUAGACCCUAACUCCAACCCGAACCCCAGCCAUAGUUCCCCACGCUCUCCUCCCACCAAGCGCCUCCGGAGGUCAUCUCGGAGGUCCAAGACCCGGUCCGAACCCGAACGAGACGAUCCAGACCCGAAUCCUGACCGGGAAAAGCAGCAGCUUCUUUCCGAGCUUCAAGUUUUAGCUUUUAUCACGCAACUAUGCGUUUCGCAUCCCCAAAAUGCGUUCUCGCCGUUGGAUUUGUUGCCCGGAGUUCAAGCGCUGCACGAAAAUUUGAUCAUUUUGGAGUCGGAUUCAGUGCUGGUAUCGGAGAUAGCGAGUUUGUGCGAGCAAUGGUGGAAGGAGGAGUUUCCGGGGCGAGAAUCUCUGAUUUCUCAGUCGCUCCCUUUCUUGCUGUCUCGAUCUCUGACUCUGAAGAAGAAGGCGGAUGUCCACAGAGUCUACGCGCUCCGCGAGGCCUUUGCGUGCUUCGAUUUCGAGGAUGAUAGCAUUGAAGACUUGAAGCAGUUGUUAAUCCGGUGUGUGAUUUCGCCUCUGUAUCUAAAGACAGAGGAGGGGAAGAAGUUCCUUGCUUUUCUGUUCGGUUUGAGUUCGCAGCUGUUGAAGGAAGUGUUAGCAAUGAUUCGGUCUCAGAUUCCGUUUGGACGAAAGUCGAUGCUAGAGGCUUAUGGGGAUGUUCUGUUUCGGGCUUGGAAAGUUUUGGAGGGGGACUCAAGAAGUGAAAUUGAAAAUGUUUUUUUGCAGGGUUUGAUUGAGGGUGCAAUACAUGCCAGUUCUGGAGUUUUGGCUGCUUCAAUUAGAAGGGUUUUGGGAGGGUUUAUAAACCAGAGGACCACUGCUGGUGUUGAGAAGCUUCUUUUCCAGCUCUCUGAGCCUGUGAUAUUUCGCUCUCUGCAGGUUGCGAAUUCUAAUGUUCGUCAAAAUGCGCUGCAUUUGAUUCUGGACUUGUUCCCUCUUGAAGAUCCUGAUUCCACAAAAGAGGUGAAAGAUUCGUUGCUUCAUAAGCAGUUCUUUCUGUUGGAGAGAUUACUGGCCGACGAUUGUCCUGAGGUGAGAGUGGUUGCGGUGGAAGGUUCUUGUCGCGUCCUUCGUCUCUUUUGGGAAAUCAUCCCUUUGCCCACCAUCACAAAGUUAAUUACUAAGAUUUUUGAUGAUAUGUCACAUGAUGUAUGGCACGAGGUUAGACUUUCCACAAUAAAUGGUAUUAUGUAUUUGUUUGGAAAUCCCCAAUGUCAUCAAAUUCUCAAUGUGCUUCUACCCAGAUUGGGGCAUUUGAUGAUGGACAAUGUCCUAUCAAUAAGAGUUGCCAUGGCAGAUCUCCUUCUUCUUGUAAGAGAUAUUCGAAAUUUCCAGUUCCAUAAGGUGGUCAAGUUAGAUGUAUUAUUAUCUACCCUUGCAAAUGAUCAACCUCAAGUUGCUCAGAAAAUCACAGGACUGCUUAUGCCAUCAUAUUUUCCCUCGAAAGUGUCUGUUGAAGCAGCAUGCAAUCGCUGUGUGACACUUGUUAAAAGGUCUCCGAUGGCUGGAGCAAGGUUUUGUGAGUUUGCUGUGUCCCAAGGGGCAUCUCAUAAGUCUUUGGUGGAACUUGUUAGAGUAUUGGUUACUUUGGUCUUGCUGCCUAAUAAUCUGGAUGAAGAUCGAGUUGAGGGUUUACUUCUUGCUGCUGCCAACCUUUGUAAUACCCUAGCCAGCGAGCCAUUUUUCAAGAAUGCUCUUAAAGAGUUCUUUGAUGGUGAAAAACUGAAGUGCUUGUUUGCUGCUGCAGCUACCGGGCGUGCUCAGUCUUCUGUAUUCAACAUUGUUUCAGCUGUCUCUCCAGAUGAUGUGACUGGACUUCUUGAUGAAUGCAUGCACCAGGUCACAAAUUGUAGUGGUUUAUCCACAAAUGCGGAGAGGCAAGCUCAAGUGAGGUCUGCUCACAAGUUGUUGCUCUCUUGUGAUGGGGUUGAUGGCAUGCUUGAAGCUCUAACAGCCUUCCUGCAGAAAGCUGCAUACCGUUGCCAUAUUAAAUUUGGCAAUGAAAUACCAAAGCUGAGUGUUUUCUCUGCAAAAAGGAAGAAAUCAAAGUCCUCUAGUAAAAUUUCAGCUCGAUGGAAAAAUGUCGGUGGGAAAAAGCAAACCAAUUUUGAGAAUGAUUAUUCAAUUGCAGUAGGAAUAGCCUGGCAAAUUAGAGACUUGCUUGUAUCUGUCAACGCUCGGAAAUCUAUAUUGGGAUCUCAAGUUCUAGAAUCGUUAUUUCUAUCCUUAAAGGUCUUGUCUGAGGUCAGCAUUGUGCAGUGCAUGCAUUGUGAAUAUAUGGACACAUCUCCGACAGAGUUGGAACAGGCAUUGGAUCACCUGCUUAACUGUACGGAGAGGCUAUUUGGAGCAGGUGAAUCUGGAGGGUCUGGAAAUAUUUCUCCAGAAUCUAAGCAUGCUAGCAAUAGGUCGUCCACUCGUCGUGAAAAAAGACACAGAGGACCUCAGAUUGAUGCCUCCAGUCCAAGUGAUGGUGGAUGUGUCUAUACUGAACCAAAGAAGUUAUCAAACAAGGUGAAGAUGCUUACUGCAGUCCUAAGGUUCGUGGUUGAUGCUGCUACAAUAGGUUUUGUUCCUCAAAAUCAGGGCAGGUGCUUAAAGUUCACAUCAGGUUAUAUACAAUGCGUCACAUCUACUUUGGAGCGACAAUCUCGGGAGCAGUUUCAAUUUGAGGAGGAAGAUUUGAAGGAUAUGAUUCUCUGUCUGAAGAGCUCUUUCACCUAUGCAGCCAAGUUACUUAAUCUAGCUCUUAAAGAUGUUACAGAAGCUUCACCAUUUCUCACAGAAGCUUCUGAUCUUGCGAACUAUCUGCUUGACUUAAUCAUCUCGAUUGAAUUGUACUUGGGCUCUAACUACGUUGCACAUAUGGUGACAGGAGUAAAGUCUUGGCUUCCUGACUUGGUUUUGGCAUUAGGAUCUGGCCAGAUUAUGAAACAGAUUAAGGGAGAGGCGAUAGAAAUAACUGCAGCUGAUCGCAAUAGACUCCACUUUCCAUCAUGGCACUUGAUUUUAGCUAAGAUUGAGGUCUCCGAAAUAAGUGAAGUUAGGCCAGAAGAAGAUGGAGAUUCUGAACCAGAGGAGUUUCCUGCUUUUAAGAAACUUCUUGACAUGAUUGUCAUAUUGUUGAAAGGAAACCUCAGCAUACGGGAUGUUUUUGGAGUGGUUUUCUUGGUUGCCGCCAUAGUUGGGCUGGAAAAGAAGAAUUUCAGGUUGGUUUCCGGACUUGUACGCUUUGUAUGCCUGAAGGUAUUCAGGCAAGAUGAGAAAGAAUGGGGUGAUAUGAUGUUGGCUUCUCUUCAAGACCUUUACCCUCAGAUAGAGAGAGAAAUGGAAGAAGAAAGCCAAGAAGAUAGAAGGGAAAAUCUGCGAAGUGCAAAGGAAUUGCUUGAACCAAUUUGGAUGUAUCAUAUGUAUGAAACUGGGAAGGUUUCUAUGGAGGAAGACUAG